UCAAUAAGCUGUAUUAGCCCAUCACUAAUCAUAUUGCGAGAGACAGAGAGUGAGAGAGUAGGACAGCCAGACUUUGUGUGCAUCAUCAGUGGACGUGUGUUUGCGUGUGUGCAGUUGGGGAAGGAGGGAGGGAGGGAGGAGGCAGGGGUGUAUCCUAGCGAGGAGCUUUUCCCUGUUGUAGUAACCAACCGCACGCCGACGGCCAGCCAUUACUUCACUGCAGCAGCAAUCAGCCCCUCCGUACUUAGUGAGCCAGACACACUAACCUGUCUGUCCCCUCCUCCUUUCUCCCCUCUCUCUCUGCAUAUUCAGCAGAGGUGCCCUCCUCUCCUCCUCAUCACUCUGCCACUCCUGCAGCGUUGCUCUCUGCUUGAAGGGGACACUGGCCUGCUCCUCACCCACUGAUUCUGCAUGACUGUCACAAAGAUGUCAUGGCGUCCAACCUACCGAAGCUCCAAGUUUCGAAAUGUCUACGGAAAAGUGGCCAACCGGGAGCACUGCUUCGACGGUAUCCCCAUCACCAAGAACGUCCAUGACAACCACUUCUGCGCCGUCAACUCGAAGUUCGUGGCAGUCGUCACAGAGAGUGCCGGCGGGGGCUCUUUCAUUGUUAUACCUGUAUCCCAGUCUGGCCGUCUGGAAUCUCAUUACCCAAAAGUGUGUGGCCACCAAGGCAAUGUACUGGAUAUCAAGUGGAAUCCCUUCUUUGAAAACAUCGUAGCAUCCUGCUCUGAGGACACCUCGGUGCGAGUAUGGGAGAUCCCAGAGGGCGGUCUGAGGCGCAACAUGACGGAGGCGGUGCUGGAGCUGUAUGGCCACAGCAGACGGGUGGGUCUGAUCGAGUGGCACCCCACCAGCAGCGGCAUCCUCUUCAGCGCUGGCUACGACUACAAGAUCCUGAUCUGGAACCUGGAGAUCGGAGAGCCGGUGAAAAUGAUUGACUGCCACACUGACGUCAUCCUCAGCAUGUCGUUCAACACCGACGGCAGCCUGCUGGCCACCAGCUGCAAAGACAAGAAGCUGCGUGUCAUUGAGCCGCGCUCAGGGGUAGUCCUUCAGCAAGCCUGUUGUAAGAACCACCGCGUAAACCGAGUGGUGUUCCUGGGCAACAUGAAGCGACUCCUCACCACGGGGGUCUCUCGCUGGAACACCCGGCAGAUUGCUCUUUGGGAUCAGGAGGAUUUAUCCAUGCCAAUUGUGGAGGAGGACAUAGACGGCCUCUCAGGACUGUUGUUUCCCUUCUAUGAUGCUGACACACACAUGUUGUACCUGGCAGGAAAGGGGGACGGCAACAUCCGAUACUUUGAGAUUACCACAGAGAAGCCGUACUUACAAUACCUAAUGGAGUUCCGGUCCCCAGCGCCACAGAAAGGACUCGGUGUGAUGCCAAAGCACGGGCUAGAUGUGGGAGCAUGCGAGGUGUUUCGCUUCUACAAGCUCGUCACGCUGAAGGGUUUGAUUGAGCCCAUUUCAAUGAUUGUGCCAAGAAGGUCAGACACAUACCAGGAGGACAUCUACCCAAUGACAGCAGGAAUCGAACCUGCGCUGUCAGCUGGUGAAUGGCUGAGCGGCAUCAACAGAGACCCAGUGUUGAUGUCCCUGAAGGAAGGUUACAGCCGGCCAAACCAGUUAGUAUUCAAAGCCCCAGUGAAGGAAAAGAAGAGCAUGGUAGUGAAUGGAAUUGACCUGCUGGAGAACGUACCACCCAGGACGGAGAACGAGCUCCUGCGGAUGUUCUUCCGGCAGCAGGAUGAGUUGCGGCGGCUGAAGGAGGAGCUGACCACCAAGGACGUGCGAAUACGCCAGCUGGAGCUGGAGCUCAACAACCUGAAGAACGUUAGCCCCAACAACGUGUGACCUCGCAGCCUCCUGGACUGGCAAAGCUGCUUCCUUUGUCCUCCCAGUUCUGACCUCCAGCGAGCUUCUGAGCCCUCCCACCUCUCUCUUUUUUGAUAUGUCACACGAUAUCAUAACUUCAUUCCUGCUGCCCUGCAUAGUGCAUACAAUAAUAAUAUAACUGUUGGAUAAUGUCUUAACUGGAAUAUUGUAAUAAUGACGGAUAUAAUAAGUAACAGAGGGAAGGCGGCGUUCAUGGAUUGCCACCUUAAUAUGAAAUCAAUGAGAGGGAAGGUUUGAGAUCCAAUCAAUUUAGGUAUUAUCUAGGUUUAUACAUCCUAAUAUUCUUUAUUCAACACACUCUCAAGUGUUAUGAUCAGUUAUUGCUAUUGUUUGUCUCACUAUGCCUACCAUUCAUUCACGUGGCAAUACGUCACCAUGCAAAGGAGCCCCAACACUCAUCCUCCUGUAACGACCAAACCGUCAUCUAGUUCUCAUUUUGUACUGAGGCAAAACUGGAGGAUAAAAAAGACUGUCACUGGCUUCUAUUUUUCUUCCCCAAGGCCUUACACCCUGCUGCAGACACAGAUUGCAGCGAGCUGCAGCAUCCUCUCAAAAUGGCUGACGUGAAGUGGUUUUUGCGACCGACAGAAGAGACGAGCUAUUUCGCAGACGAUGGAUCAUGUUUUUCUCCGCAGAGCUGCUUAUCCCGUAGCUUCUUUUCUCACCUACAGAUGUUGUUGGCUGUACAUUUACUUCACAGUACUUACCUAUAGCUACAUAAAAGCAGUCUUUUCUUCCCGAGGAAAGUGGAUAGUUCACUCACUUAAAGUAUUUCUAUAUUUUUUUAAAUAGUGGGAAAGCAGCGGGAGAACAUGGAUCCAAGGUGGUGGACAUGGAUAACUACUCGAAUAUAGUCUCAAGGGAAGCUUUGCUGGCUGUUAUUGGUUUUUAGGGCUAAUUUAGAGGAUGGGGGGUAAUGUAUAUUUGCUUCUAUUUAUUUGUCACAUUUUACCUUUUCAGCUAAUAACAUCUAUUUGUUAAUCCCAUUGUUUUUUGUAUGAUGUGGCUGCGCAAGUAAUGAUUGUGAUGCUUGAUAGAUUUUUGCUGAAUGUUUCUGAUGCAAGAUUUGUGUGAAACUGUACCGUAAGCGGUAUUAGUUCUUUGACUCCAACAGCAUAACUUCCGAUAAGUUAUAAAAAUGUAUUCUUGCCUAUUCCUAACAGUGCAGAAAACUGUAAUAAUAACCAUCCUUUCACAUUUAAACUAAGUAUAUCACUAUUACUGAAACGUGUUUACCUGUAGAUGUGUAAUUUUGCCCUAGAGACUCCAGGUCAUCUGCCUCUCCUUCUGCAUUUGUACCAUCAACAGACUAGGCUAAAUUGCAGUUUAAAAUGCCAAUUUAAGAGAAGUGGGGACUAGAUUAAUAUUUGAUUGGCUUUAAUCUACCAGCCAGGUUAAAGAAGUUACCAAAAAAUAUGCUGCUAAACAUGCCAUGUGUCUUUUAAUCCAGGCCCAAUCAUAUUCAGCCUUGUCUUAUUACUGAUUCUGCUCUCGAUGCACUAAGAAAAGGAAAGAUGAAUCAGCUGUUUGCAAGAAAGGAAUUUAUACCCGGUGUAAGUCAAAAGUAAGUUAAGGACUGAAGGGCACAAGUUGCCCCUGAUCACAUCAGAGUGGGGACGUGAAGGUCAAAAGCUGUUUAGCGUCAGCUGAAACAGUCAGAAAACCACUGAUAUAUUUGUGGUAAUUUUUCUAAACAGGACACAGUGAAAGUAGACGGUCAGGAAAAGGAUCUACCAGAGACAGAUCGGCAGCAGUGGAGAGACAGGUGAAGUUGUGGCUGGAGUAAUAUGAUGUCAGGGCCUAUCAUGUAGGUGUACUGAGAACUAAAAUCAACCACUAAACUGUUCGUUUUUUUGGCAAGGAGGGGUAACAGCUUUUAUGCUUUUAAAAUGAUUGAAACGCUCUUUGCAGAUUGAACUUGUGUUUGGAGGAAAAAAGGUUAGUUUGGUCUUUGGUUGUACUGCAAGUCUUGUUCAGUAUAAAAUUAACUGGAACAUCGUUGCAUCCUGGAUCAGUGAGCUAAAACUGGAAUUCUUUGACUUGACAAGGACCACAACAAAUCAAAACAUAUAUAAAAGGGAUUUAUUGAAGUGAAUGGGAGGGAAAAAAGAAACAAUUUGGCUGAUGACAGUGGAUUUAACAUGGAGUGAAAAAUCACUGAGGUAGGCCAAUUUGACCAUUACGUAUAAUCAUGAAAACAAAAGUCCAAAUAACUGACCUUUUUCCAGAGUUUACACUUUGAAAAACAAUAAAUUUUCAAUGCACAUAAAGAUGCGGCUGUAACUUUUCCAUUUAUAAUCAAGCACUUCUCUACACUACCACCACAAAUUCAAACAUUGCCACCUGCGUGUCACAGAAAAAAAAAAAAAAAAAAAAAAAAAAA